AUGGCCCCCAAGAAAGUGGCUGCUGCUGCUGCUGUUGUUGCAGUAUCUGCUGAAGAGAAAGUGGCUGCUGCAUCAUCUUCUGCUGAAGAGAAAGUGGCUGAUGACCCUGCUGCAGUGAAAACUAAAGUAAAACCCAAAGUGACAAAGCUAACCACCACGGGCCACCCCACAACACUUGCCAUGGUGGUGGAGGUUCUAAAGAAGAACUCCGAGCGGAAGGGGACGUCGGUACAAGCCAUCCGCAGUCGUAUCCUGGCCACACACCCCACCGUAGACCCUGUGAGGCUCAAGUCCCUGCUGAGAUCUGCUCUGAACAAAGGGAUUGAGAAGGGUAUCCUCAUCAGGCCGCUGAACUCCAUCGCAACAGGGGCCACUGGCCGAUUCAAGCUGGCGAAACCUGGACCAAAGUCAAAAGCUGGAGAGGGUGACAAAAUGUCUGAGAAUGUGGAUCCCAAUGAGCAACCAAAGGAGAAAACUAAGGAAAAGGCCAAGAAGGUGGUUAAGAAGGUCCCCAAGAAACCGAAGGUGGAGAAAGAGGAGACUAAAGGAGAUGAGGUGAAAGCGACCAAGAAGGAAAAGAUGCCUGAGGCCAAGGCAAAGGCCGCUGCCAGUAAACCGAAGAAAGAUGCUGCAGAGAAGACUGACAAGGCCCCGGUGCCCGCCAAGAAGCCAAAGUCCAAAACACCGGCUGCAGAGGAAGGCACGAAACCCAAAAAGGAACCGGCCAAGAAGAAGGCGGAGCCCUCCAAGGCAAAGGACUCAGAGGAGAAACCGGCAGCUAAAGAUGGCAAGAAGGGGAAGAAGUGA